GUCUGCCACGUUGGCAACGUGUGUACGUCAACAAAACGAUCAUAAUAAACAGCGAUUAAAUGAUUUUUCGGCCCACGAAGUGCCCCAAAGACUUUGCAAUGUGUUUAGUUAAUCAAGAAUUAUUAAAUGAUCGCCAAAGCCUGACUUAUUUCGUCUAACCCGCAACCUAACCUCAAAGUGCCAAGAAGGCUUUCCGGCGCAACCAUGGAGCCCACAGAAAAUUUGGUGUGGAAGGAAUCAUUCUUUAAGGAGAAUUUCAAUGUGGAUCAAUGCCUAUCCAAGUACACCUUAAAAUCGGACUUGGAGACGCUGCGGAACGACUUGAAGAAUUAUGGCAAUGAUUUGCACCAACAAAUGGCCGAGAUUUUAAAAACUGAGACUGAGGCGAUUGUUAAUUUGGCCGAGUAUUUGACGAAUCUUAAUUCGAAAAUUGACGACUUGUCGCUGCCUUUGAGACAGUUGCGGGAGGAAAUAAAGACGCUCUAUGACUUGAUUAAAAGUGCGGAAGAGAGUUACUUCACGACGUUGGAAACGAUAAAAAACAACAACACGCGACGUAAUUACCUCAAUUUGAAGUUCGGCAUUAUAUCAUCAGCGUUAUACAUCGACAACAUGAUAAAGACGCACGAGGACGAUUUAUUCGACGAUUCCGUGAUUUUGGAACGAGCUGUGAAUAAAUAUUCAUUCGAGUUCAAUUAUCUGGAAGCUUUCCAUUUGGUAUCAGACGUGGAGGAAAUCAGCUUUGUGGGAAAAAAACUGACCGACAUGGUCAACAAAGUCUUCCUCAAAUCCGUCAAAAACAACGACGAGGACCUCAUUUUGCGCUGUUUACAAAUGUACGACAAUCUGGGCGAGCAAAAAGAAGCGGAGAAAACGUACCAAGUCCACAUUGUUAGACCCGCCCUCCGACACCUAUUCACUGAAACCUACCUGGAAACGUGCAAUCAAGACGUGAAAAAAAUCUACGACGAAGCUUUGCACUUCAUUGACUCGAAGCUAAUCACGUUACUCAACGUCUUGAAGAGGAACGCCGAAUUGAAGUCGUUCAAUUUUAUCCUGAACAGUUUUUGGGCCGAAGUCGACAAACUCUCGCGUGACGGUCUUCCGUAUAUCACGGCGCCAGGGAAUCCCGAGCUCUUCCAGAAGCGGUUCAAGAGCACGUGGAAUUUUCUUCGGGAAAUUGCGGUAAAAUGCGGCGAUGAUGAUUUAAUCCAAACGAACAAGUCGUUCCAAAACCACAUCAAACGGUUUAAUUUGCCGGUUUAUUUCGAAAUUCGGUUCCAACAAAUCGCGGGACAGUUUGAGACUGACGCUAUCGCAAAACCCGGAACGAUGUAUUCCGACUCGAAUGAAAUCAACUGUUCUUUGAAAAUCACGCUGGCGUUGUGGACGGCGUUAAAAACUACUUUCAAUGACGAGGUUUUUAUCAAUAAUCUUGCUGAUCAGUUUUUAAAGCUGUCGAUGUUACUCCUUGCGAGGUAUUUAAAGUGGUUUGAAGUCGCUUUACAGGAAUCUGAUUCUUUUUCCGAUGGUUCCGACGCUUGGGAGGGCUUUAUAAUUCAUUCGAUUUGCGAUUUAAAGGUAGUAAAGGGUUUGAUUGGUCACGAACCGGAUGGUAGUACUAUAUACAGCAUUAUGCCACUUAAUAUAAAACCAAUACUAGUCAAAGUUUUCCAAGUUAAUUCAAAUAGCAUCACUGACGUUAUUUCAAAGUUACAAAAUCACUUAAUUAGCAUAAAGAGCAGACAAAGUUUGGCGCAUUUGCAAAGUGUUGCGUCCAUUCCCAGACUUUACAGACGGACCAACAGAAGUGCUCCUAAAGACGCUAGUAAUUACAUGGUUGAAGCAAUUCAGCCGAUAUUAAAGUUCCACGAUAAGUUUAAAUCAAAUAUGACAAGUGAGAUACAAACUAUUCUAGAUACAGUAAUUACAAACAAUACCAAACAGUAUUUAACCCUCGUUGAGGAAGUCUUAAGAUCAGUUUGUAAAACGGAAGAGUCACUAAGGCGGCUCAAAAACAGAAACACGCAAGUGUCUGAGGCCGUUUCAGAGGCCGAUAAAAUGUCGGAUGAAAUGAAAAUACGGGAACAGAUCAAACUAGACGUUUGUUAUUUCGUCGAUAAACUCUACCCUUUGGCGAUGGAUGCGGCGAGGAAGUGCAUGGACGACCUCAAAAGCAAAACGUUUUGUUAAUCAUAUUUAUUACAACAAUAAGUCAUGUAUAAAUGUUUGACAUGUUUAAAUAAAUUUAUCAACUGUUUUAACAA